UUUUUUAUAUUCAGGUGUCAACACGGCCUCUUGUGCAUCCUCGAAUAGAUCUAUCGACCAAGAUGGGACGCUCAAAGCGAGAUGUACUCGCCACCUUCGACCAGACUCUCAACCCACCUGCGACUUUACCAGACGACCAUGCCAUCUGUCGAGUGCUUAAAGCUGUGGGCAACAACUUGUUCAAUGUCGAGGAUGCGACGGGCAAAACAUUGUUGGUAGAACUCCCUGCCCAAUUCAGGUCCAAGUUUUGGAUCAAGCGACGAGGCUAUGUUCUUGUAAACCUCGUCGCCUUCUCAGAGCGCGAUAACAAGCUCGACGGCGAGAUCGUCAACCUCGUUGGCGAGGAGCGCAUCUGGAGGAAGAUGAACUACUGGCCUAAGGAAUUUGAGAAGAAGAAUGUUUAUAGCGAUAGCGAUGACGACGACGAGGAAAGGGAAGACUAUAAUGUCGGCAAAAUGCCCUCCAGCAGUGACGAGGACGAGUGUUGAGCCGACCUAUUCUACAUGUUCGUGCUGCUCAUGCUUGACCGCGUCUUGCUCUUCGGUGCGCGUUCCCCACCACAACAUUGCCAGACUAAGAGCAAGAGAUCCGACGACGACACCGGAAGAAGCAUUCGUGCUCGGAUACACGUUCCACGCCCACUCCUGCGCCCCCCACAAGACGUAUAUCGACACCGGGUGCAAUCCACUACGCCAUAGCAUGAACGGUGUCGACCAUGCUACCAGAGAGUAGAAUUGAUAGUGAAGAGAGCGAGCGCACAGCAAUCCAAUGGCAGUUGAUGUUAGAAUAGUUGUCAGUAUGUAGUCUGGUGUGACUCUGUCGGAUAUGGCUUCGGCAACGCGCCAGUCCGCCAUUUCAGACAUGAAGAACUGAAUCGUCUCCGGUAAAGACUUCUUUGAUGGCUUGACCCAGCGUGUCCACGCAAAGAGUAG